UUUUUUCAGGACUCUGUAUUAUACUAUGAAGAUCACAUAUAAGGCUAGUUGUCUCGGUGACCUUUUUUUGUUUUGCCUUGUAGCCCCGACUAUAAUGUGGAAUUUUUUCGACAGUUUAUAUUGGUUAUGAAUGCUUUAGAUAACAGAGCUGCCCGAAACCAUGUAAAUAGGAUGUGUCUGGCAGCUGACGUCCCUCUUAUUGAGAGUGGAACUGCUGGUUAUCUCGGACAAGUAACUACUAUCAAAAAGGGUGUGACCGAGUGUUAUGAAUGUCAUCCUAAGCCAACCCAGAGAACUUUUCCCGGCUGUACAAUUCGUAAUACACCUUCAGAACCUAUUCAUUGCAUCGUUUGGGCAAAGUAUUUGUUCAACCAGUUGUUUGGGGAAGAGGAUGCUGAUCAAGAAGUAUCUCCUGACAGAGCUGACCCUGAAGCUGCCUGGGAACCAACAGAAGCUGAAGCCAGAGCCAGAGCAUCUAAUGAAGAUGGUGACAUUAAACGUAUUUCCACUAAGGAAUGGGCUAAAUCAACUGGAUAUGAUCCAAUUAAACUUUUUACCAAGCUUUUUAAAGAUGAUAUCAGGUAUCUAUUGACGAUGGACAAACUGUGGCGGAAAAGGAAACCUCCAGUUCCAUUGGACUGGGCUGAAGUACAAAGUCAAGGAGAAGAAAGCAAUGCAUCAGAUCAACAAAAUGAACCCCAGUUAGGCCUGAAAGACCAGCAGGUUCUAGAUGUAAAGAGCUAUGCAAGUCUUUUUUCAAAGAGCAUUGAGACAUUGAGAGUUCAUUUAGCAGAAAAGGGAGAUGGAGCUGAGCUCAUAUGGGACAAGGAUGAUCCAUCUGCUAUGGAUUUUGUCACCUCUGCGGCAAACCUCAGGAUGCAUAUUUUCAGUAUGAAUAUGAAGAGCAGAUUUGAUAUAAAAUCAAUGGCAGGGAACAUCAUUCCUGCUAUCGCUACUACUAAUGCAGUGAUUGCCGGGUUGAUAGUAUUGGAAGGAUUGAAGAUUUUAUCAGGAAAAAUAGACCAGUGUAGAACAAUUUUUUUAAAUAAACAACCAAACCCAAGAAAGAAGCUCCUUGUGCCUUGUGCACUGGAUCCUCCCAACCCCAAUUGUUACGUAUGUGCCAGCAAGCCAGAGGUGACUGUACGGCUGAAUGUCCACAAGGUGACUGUUCUCACUUUACAGGAUAAGAUAGUGAAAGAAAAAUUUGCUAUGGUAGCACCAGAUGUCCAAAUUGAAGAUGGGAAAGGAACAAUCCUAAUAUCUUCAGAAGAGGGAGAGACAGAAGCUAAUAAUCACAAGAAGUUGUCAGAAUUUGGAAUUAGAAAUGGUAGCCGGCUUCAAGCAGAUGACUUCCUUCAGGACUAUACUUUAUUGAUCAACAUCCUUCAUAGUGAAGACCUAGGAAAGGAUGUUGAAUUUGAAGUCGUUGGUGAUGCCCCAGAAAAAGUGGGGCCCAAACAAGCUGAAGAUGCUGCCAAAAGCAUAACCAAUGGCAGUGAUGAUGGAGCUCAGCCGUCCACCUCCACAGCACAAGAGCAAGAUGAUGUGCUCAUAGUUGAUUCAGACGAAGAAGGUUCUUCAAAUAAUGCUGACAUCAGUGAAGAAGAGAGAAGUCGCAAGAGGAAAUUGGAUGAGAAAGAGAAUGUCAGUGCAAAGAGGUCACGUAUAGAACAGACAGAAGAGCUUGAUGAUGUUAUAGCAUUAGAUUGAACAGAAAUGCCUCUUGACACACCCUCUUAAUACAUUAGCUUAUUUGGGCAGAACCAGAUUAUUUGUUAUGUCCUUUGUUCCAAAGGGAAAAAAUUGACACCAGUGACUUGAAAAUGAUUCUGCUCCCUUUGAAAGCAUUCAUUUUGCUAGAACUAUUAGAAACAUUACGGUAUGCUGUAUUGAAAGUAGGAAUAGAGUUUUAAAACCCUUUGAACAAAGUGUGUGCAUAACCAGUCAUGAGAUGAAACAACACGAUGCAUGUUGCCUUUUUAAUGUAAAUAUCCUUAGGUAUCAUUUAAUAGUUUCAAAAUAUUGUGGUUUAGUAAAGUUGAUACCUGGUUAUAAAUAUUAUGCCUUUAUUUUUGGCUAGAAGAAGAAUUAUUUUUAGCCUAGAUCUAACCAUUUUCAUACUCUUACUGAAACAGAUUCAGAAAAGUAUCAAGUGCUAUGCAUUGAAACUUGUUUUUAAAUGUUAACUGGCACUAUGUAUAUUAAUGUAAAACAAUGUUAAUGUACUCAAGUUUUCAGCUUGUACUGCCUGGUAUGUCUGUGUAAGAAGCCAAUUUUUGUGUAUUGUUACAGUUUCAGGUUAUUUAUAUUUGAUGUUUUGUAAAACUCAAAUAAGACUAUACUUAUGGACCAAAUAAAUGGGCAUCUGCAUACUUGUUA